CUCAUCUCCAUGGUAACGUGUUCUAAGUUGCAGCAGUCGUGUCAAAGUUCACUAUAUAGAGAGCUCAGUGAGCUGAUCAGAGAGAAAGCAUUCUGCCAGCCCAGCGCCUGCAAAUCGCAAUCACUUCCUAACCUCCCCCUUUUUAACAUAUUUGAUCACUUUGAUUCUCUGUUCUUCUCCUUAUUUUUACGCGCAUGAAGGAGGUUCUAUAGGUUGUGCUCUUUUUGUUUUAUUAUCACUCUUGCUUGCCGGAGAGCUGACUUCAUAUUUGACUCAAGCACAGGCUUCAGCUGCGCGCUGCUGCAAGCGCAACCUCAAUUGAAGAAAAGGAAGAAGCUGCAAUAAUUUUGCCAGUUGUUGGUUUUCUUCAAGACUCACGCUGGAACUUAGUGUCGCUCGCUCCCUGCAUACGCCAGCUGUGCGAUUUUGUGCUUCGCCUCACCGCGUUUCUCGAAGUCUCUGGUCUGUUUCUUUAAUAUAGCAUUUUGUCAGCGCAAUUAUUUUUCCUUUUUCCUUCAUGGGUUUCCUGGAUGGAUGAGUGCAAGCGCCCCUGGACUUGGCCUUCAAGAGCAAGGCUGCGAUUCGGCUCGUCUUCAGUUUUGACCAUAUGUUCGGCAACGUUCUGAAAACAAAGAAAUAGGCUGCACUGUCAUUUUUGCGCAAGUUUCUAAGGACAAUCCGACUUCACAUUGCCGACAGUGAAUAAUUCAUUUUCGCCCAUACCGAAAAAUAUCGUGAGACAUUCUUCAGAGGCGCAUCAUCACGAAACCAAAAACGGAAGACAAAAAGUUUUUUAACGUUGACUGAUAGAUAUGGCAAUGGUAGUGUGGAGAGGCUCCCAGGACGAUGUGGCUGACACCCAGGGCACUCUCUCUUCGCAAGGCCAAGGAGGACUAUCUCUUCCGAACCCUCAACCAGGCCAGUUGAAUCUAACGGCCUCUCAGAUUGCCCCUCCGACCCCUCACACACCCGUUCAAGGACCUCCGAACAACACGGCGCAAUCUACGCCGACGAACCAGACGCAAAGUCAGCCGGAGAAGCAACAACCACAGCACAUAGAAUGCGUGGUUUGCGGGGACAAAUCGAGCGGUAAACACUAUGGCCAGUUCACUUGCGAGGGGUGCAAAAGCUUCUUUAAACGGAGCGUACGGAGGAACCUCACUUACACUUGCCGUGCCAACAGGACUUGUCCCAUUGACCAGCACCAUCGCAAUCAGUGUCAGUACUGCCGCCUCAAAAAAUGCCUCAAAGUUGGCAUGAGACGGGAAGUUUCUCUUUUUACCGCAGCUGUGCAAAGGGGACGGAUGCCACCCACACAGCCUCACCAUGGUCAGUUCGCCUUGACAAAUGGGGACCCUCUGCACUGCCAUUCCUACUUAUCCGGAUAUAUCUCUCUUCUGCUGCGAGCGGAACCCUACCCAACGUCCCGGUAUGGUAGUCAGUGCAUGCAACCCAACAACAUCAUGGGCAUCGAGAACAUUUGUGAAUUGGCGGCCAGGAUGCUCUUCAGCGCGGUGGAGUGGGCCAGGAAUAUCCCUUUCUUCCCAGACCUUCAGAUUACAGACCAGGUUGCCCUUCUGAGGUUGACCUGGAGUGAGUUGUUUGUGCUCAAUGCUGCGCAGUGCUCCAUGCCGCUCCAUGUGGCUCCACUUCUGGCGGCGGCUGGCCUUCACGCCUCUCCUAUGUCUGCGGACAGAGUGGUCGCCUUUAUGGACCACAUUAGGAUCUUCCAAGAACAAGUGGAAAAGCUUAAAGCUUUACACGUUGACUCUGCUGAAUACAGUUGCUUAAAGGCCAUCGUGUUAUUCACCACAGACUUGCAGUGGAAAAUAACCUGCUUUUCAAAUACAACACUUUACAACCUAAGCAACGCUACAAAUGCUUGCGGCCUGUCAGAUGUGGCGCAUGUAGAAAGUUUGCAAGAGAAGUCUCAGUGUGCCCUGGAGGAGUACGUUCGGAGCCAGUACCCCAACCAGCCAACUCGAUUUGGGAAGUUACUACUUCGCUUGCCUUCGCUGCGCACAGUCUCUUCUUCGGUCAUAGAGCAAUUAUUUUUCGUCCGAUUGGUAGGUAAAACCCCCAUUGAAACCCUCAUCAGGGAUAUGUUGCUUUCGGGGAGCAGUUUUAACUGGCCUUACAUGUCCAUUCAGUAAGCAGAAGGAAUGAUCAAAGGGGCUGAGACUACACUAGUUAGCGCUUCUUUUGUAGAAGGAAACGGCUGUUACACGAGUUUACUCUCAAGAAGAAAGACAUUUUCAUAAAUGACUGUGAAUUUUAGAAAUGAGACAUUCUGCGAACUUUCAAAAAUCCAGACAAAAGCUCCAGUGUCAUUCUGAACAACUUGUUCCUAUCCUUUUUUUUUGGUAUAAAAAAUGAAAAAAAGGAAAAAAAAAGAGAAGAAAAGAAUAAAAAGGAAACACAAAUGAGUUGGAUUUUGAUAAUCCUUUGGGGAAAACGCAACUCGAAAGUGCAUUUAAAACAUGAAUUUGGAAAAAUUUAGCGGAAAAGAAAAGGUUUUCUCUUUUCCAAACAACUAUAUUGUCCUGUGUCCAUGUAUCUAUAGCUGUUUUGUACUUUUCUUUUCUUUCUCCUUUAUGGUUCCAAACCGGCCUAUGUGAUUCUGUAGUAUGCAGUUGUUUUAUUCUCUAAUUACCAUGACUUCCUAUGAAACAGUUAAGUAAUGUAAAAACGUUCUUCAAGAAUUAAAACGUAAUCCACAGCAAUAUAGGAGAAAAGGUUAUGCUUAAUGCUGCAAGCGCACUUACUCGUUUGAUGGUCCACAAUGAAGACUGGCAGGGUUUUUUGAAAUUGGGAUUCAGGUUAACUUUCUGAUCCACCAAAUGAAUAUGUUCUCUUUCUAAUUGAGACGGUUGUCUCAAUGCAGCUGGGUGUACCUGUUCAUAUCAUUGUCGUGGUUCUUUGGACACCCGAAACACAUAGCCUACCGCUUGAAACUUUAAUGAGACCUGAAUUUUUACAGCAGUCGCCCAACAGUCGUCCAACAGUUUGUACACUGCAGACAACUGGUCGAUCCAAAAGUAUUAAUCUACCUUGGUGACCAAUCAUAAUAGAACAAAUUAUUCUACCAACUCUCGAUCCAUCAAUGCCAUUAUGGUAGCAGCACUGUUGCAAAAUGUGGCUUUACACGUUAAUGUCAGAUUACACCUGUUAAUAUCAGCAAACACCUCAGCUUGAGACAUGUAGAACCGAUAUGACUAGACAUCAUCGAUGAAAACAAAUGCCUAUUUAGGAUUAAGACAAACAGGACGAAGGUCAAGGGUCAUCACGUCUUUACAUUCUGAGUCUGGAAUAUUUUGAAGAACAGUAUUAUUACAACGUCCCUGAAAUGUCCCCCUCUACACUUAAAGCAUUAAAGUGCCUGUCAAGCGCAAAAACGACUAAUUUGUUAUUGAGAGAUAUUUAAGUAGAGACAACAUCGGGAACACGUUUAGGGUGGUAAAAUCAGUCUUAAGAUUGUGUAUUUCACUUGAAACACAACAAUUAGAAGCAGUAUUGUUGUAAAUAUAGGUCAAUUCAUUUCAGUUUUCUUUAUACAAAGUAUAUGUGAUUAAGAAAAAACUGUGGUUGCCAUUUUUUUUCGGUAAUACAAAUGUCUUCAAAUUGAGUGGCAGAAUUAGCUAGUAGCACUGAAAGUUCUGUUUGUAAUGUAUAUACAUAUUACGACAAAAUGUUUUUUUUUUCUUUUUUUUCAUUUAGACUGUGAAUGCAUGGCCACAGGUCGCUAACCUAUUUUACCUUUGAUAUAUAUAAAUGUAAAUGUUUUUGACUGUAUAGAUAUAAUCUGUGCAUUCAGUACAUUAGCCCUUGUAUUUAAAAGAAGAAACAAAAUCGUUCAAUAAUAGGCUAAGACUUAACAGGGUGAGCUGGUUUGGAGAGGGGUAGCUAUUUUGAUUUAGUGUUCUGCUCCUUUUUGGUAUGUAACAGAUGCCUUGUGUGUGCGUGCGUGCGUGUGUGUGCGUGUGAGUGUGUGUUUGUAUGUUUGUGAGUGUGUGUGUGUGUGUGCGUGCGUGCGUGAGCUUGCAAUUUCGUACUUGUUUUGAGGCUUUUCUUCAACACACAAGACACCAUGUUGUGGUUGGAUAAAAAGGGAUCAUAUUGUGUAGUUGAUUGAACAGUUAUCCUGGGCUGUUCACAUGCCACAUAUGGACCAGAGAAUGAUACAUGAUUGUAAUUAUGAACAGUUUAAACUGACCCACGUUUUUAUAAAAAUAUAUAAAAUAUAUUACUGCAGGGUAUUGAUAACGUAUAGAUACUUUUUUUUUAUUAUUAUUAUUAUGAUUAUUAAUUGCAAGUGAUAUUCGUGAGUGUGUGUGGAAGUUUAUAGUUGAAACAAUUCUUGUUUGUUUGUGUUAGCUUAUUGUAAACAAGCAUUCUGCUGUACAUUUGUUCUUGGUAUUAAAUUAUAAUUUAUGAAUUUGAAAUCAAAAA